AUGGCCUCCGAACAACUUAAAGCAGCGAGGGCAGAUGCUACCGACGCGUUUGCACCAGACAUGACUGUGGAGACCGCUCUUGAACACGCGAGACGUGCGUUCGCCCUAAAAAAAUAUGAGCAAGCAGUAGAAUAUUAUGCUACUGCCCUGGAACUUCAAACAAGGAAGCAGGGCGAGGAUGCACCAGAAACAGCUAAUCUCUACUUCUCGUAUGGAAAAGCGCUGUUAGAGAACGCGAUAUCACAGGCUUCGGUUUUGGGUAAGGAGCAGCCUGAGAACGGAGAUGAAGCAGAAGGGAAACUCUCGGGCACUGGCGCCAACGGAAAGGGUCCUAUUCUAUCCUUUUCCGGAGAUGCAGAUGAAGGCAUUGACCUUUUCGGUCAAGCCGCAAUUGCAGAAGAAGAAGAGGGUGAAGAGGAUGCUGAAGCGGAAGAUGGAGAGCCAGAAGAUGACUUCAAUGCCGCAUGGGAAGUUUUGGAGCUUGCGCGUGCAAUUUACGAGAAAGGCAAGGAUGAAGAUGACGAAGUCAAAAUGAAACUUGCGGAGACAUAUAUUGCCCUCGGAGAUGUAUCUCUGGAGACGGAGAAAUUUGACCAAGCUAUCACAGACUACUCAGAGGGACUCGCACUUAAGCUCGAUCUUCUCCCGAUUUCAUCGCGCCAAAUUGCUGAAGCACACUAUAAGCUCAGUAUAGUGCUUGACCUAACCUCUGGGCGACUUUCGGAUGCUAUCUUGCACGCGGAGAAGGCUCUGGAAAGCGUUGAUGCUCGCCUAGCAGAACUCCAUGACGGAAUCGAUGGAAAGCUGCUCCCUGAAUCUAGUCGGGAAGCCAAAACAGACAAAAAGGGCAAGGGCAAGGCCAUUGGCUCCGACGUACACGCAGAUGGUGUGCGCCGUCUGACCAGGAGUCAGAUGGAAGCCGAAAUGAAGGAAUGUGAAGGAUUGAAAGAAGACCUCGCACUGAAGGUGGAGGAACUUAAAACAACUCCCAGUGAGCCAACAGAGUCUGCUCCUGCAAUGGCUGCAAAAGCGCUAGAUGCGGAAUUGAAUGCUCAGUCGAUAUCUGUCCCUGGCCAACCAGCAGUGGUUAACGAUUUGACAUCAUUGGUUGUGAAGAAGAAGAAGAAAGCUGCUGAAUUAGAGGCGCCGGCUAAACGCAGGGCAGACGACGGAGAAGGUGAUGGCAGCCCUACUGCAAAGAAGGCAAAGCUGGAAGAGGAUGCACAAUCAUGA